AUGCUCCCGCACGGCCUGCUUUGGUUGCUCCUUGCAUCCCUUACACCCGCACAAGCCCAGAAUGUGCUCAACCUCGGCGCCGUCUCCGACUUUUCUGGCGCCAACCUCACAUCCACUCCGACAUUCUCCUUCCCUGCGUCAUCACAGCUCUCAGUGUCGGUCGCCCUGUGCUCGAACGCUUCAGACCCUCCGAGGUUCUUUAUCACUAACAACACUGCGCUCGAUGGCCCAACGGUAGCGUCAGGAAGCGGUAGCAAUAUAUGGGAGAUCACGCUGAAGGAUGGGUAUGGGAAUUGGACAGGGCCAGCCCUGGAUGGUGGGAUGAUAGCGGGAAAUAACCUAGGCGAUUUGCGAUUCCAGAUAGCUCUGUCCAGGGAUGGACCCGCUCACGAACAUCUGACCACGUUACCCUACUUCGGUGACACGACCUCUAACGAAGCCCUGCUGUUCUCUCCGCCCUGGGAUCCUCCAUCUCUAUACCAACCAUCCUUCCCCAACUAUACCCUACCACCAGCCAAUCUCUCCUUUCCGGACCCAUCAUUCGUCACGCAGCAAAACAACUCCCUCUUCGUCUUCGAAACCUCCUCUUUUCUGCCCACCAAUACUCCCCUGACCGCUUGCGCGGUACAGUCUCAGACAUCUGUGGGCCAACAACAAACGCCGACCACCUGGCUCCGCGACGCCAAUGGAUGGAGGUCGGAAUGGGUCCUCUCCGGCCUGGAGCCGUUGAAGAACUACACCGCCUUCGUCGUUGUCAACAACACCAAGCUCAGCGGACCCAUCAACUUUGUUACCAAGUCCGGUACGCUCCAUCCGUACCCCAUCUUUGAAUUCCCCUUCACGUCUCCCACAGCUCGUUUCUCGUGCCCCCUGGUGCAUGACCUGCCCUAUUGCCCAGGCGUCUCCUGGGCCGUUCCAAUCGCACAACCUACAUUUCCCAACCUCGCGCACGACGCACACACCCUCCCGUCUUCUAUAUCCUCUCCGCUCCUGCAAUACCUUACGAACUUCACCACGACGCUCACCACCACCGCCUGCGGGCGUGACAUCUAUUCGCCCCGGCAGACGUGUGCCGAUUGCCAACGUGCGUACCGGUCUUGGCUCUGCACGGUCGCCUUCCCGCGGUGCUCAGAAAGCGCACCUUCUUCCUCUUCCUCUUCCUCGUCUCAACAAUCUCAAAUCCAAGGGCAAGGGCAACAGCAGCAGCAACCCCUUUCCGCCCUGGUCCCCGUCUCCACCUCCUCGCCACGGCGCAACCCGCUCGUGCCCCAGUUCGGGACGAGCUACCAGCAGCUGCUGCCCUGCCUCGAGACGUGCAACGCCGCGGACCGCGCGUGCCCGACCUUCCUCGGAUUCAAGUGUCCCACGAAGCGGUUCAACGCGAACGAGAGCUACGGGGUCGGGUAUAUCGAUAGCGGGGAGGAGGGCGAGCAAGGCGGCGGCAUGACCGGCGCUGCGCAGGAUCGAUGGGGCAAUGUGUGGUGUAAUGCGGGAUAG